AUGCUUUCCCAUCACUCAGAAGUAGCUUUAACGAGCGCGAAUGAAGGAUUAUUGAUUCUCGACGAAAAUCUCGAGCUUUCGGUGAACUAUGCGGCCGAGGUGAAUGCUGACGACGGCCUGCUACUCGUGGCUCUCUUAGGGUGUGCUCUGGGAGACACUGUCAUUCCCGACGAUGUGGAAGUCGUAACGUCUACCUCAGUAUCGGUGCGAGUGUCUACCUCUGAAGACCACGUGCCCAGAGAAUCGACCAUCAAUCAAAUCGUGGACAAGGAAGAAGAAACUUCGAAGGUUGAUUCUACCAAGAAAGACGUCACGGUCAAAGAAGAUCAAAAAUCGAGUCACCAGGGACAGACUAUCACCGUGAAGGCGACGACCGAGUCACCGAAAUACAGAGUCCGUCAGAAGGGUACGUCCCCCGCCACAGCUGCCACUGUCGGCGAGACCACCACCACCACAACGACUCCCGCGCCCUCCACUGAAGCGCCCAAGGAGCCUCCCCGACGCAAACGGAAGAGACCCGCCGGCUAUCGCAGACCCGAAGGGGCUCCCCUCCGCAAACGGCCUGAAGAAGAGCGGAGGCAACCACCUGCUCGUCCUCAUCCUGUGUUUCCACAAGCUGUUCUCCCUCACGCAGCUCUUCCCCAACAUUUCGACCUGCAUAGGCAUCAACUGCCGACGGGCCGCCCUCAAUAUCAGUCGCCUCCUCCAAGGAUUCCAGAGCCGCUGCCCCCUGUCCAAGCGCCGCAACAGCCGAUCAGGAGAAUACCUUUGCCGCCUCCUCCCCCGCCACCAUCCGAGAAAACCGCAGGCGUACAUCAUCCCCAAGUGAGACCCCGUCCCGUGGUGUUCGAACCGCAACUCCACCACGCCCUUCCCUUGCCAGUACCCCAAGCGCAUCACCGUCCUGCGCCCCAGCCCGUCACGGUUCCCUCGUCCACGACUGAGUCCCAUCCCCCGCCGCCCGAGACGUCCACGAGCGUCGCACCCGAGGUGUCUAGCACCAAGAAACCUCUGAAGCUGAAGAAGCAUCGUGCGCCUGACGCUCAGAAACGGCCUCAGCCAACACAAAUUACCCUGCCGCCUCCCACCAAGUCGAAGGUCAGCACGACCACCGCAAAAUCCUCGUUCCUCUCGUACUUCUCGUUCGGGAAGAAAGACGAGAAGCUCGAAGUCGCAUCGACGCCCCUCCCUCCCGUGUCAGUUCCGCUCCCAGCCCCGGCCCCGGUGCAGCCCGUGCAUUCCGCGCAUCCCGCGUCGGUCCAGGGCUCCCUCGCCCCCCAGGUCCGUCCCCAUUAUCAGGCCGAGCCCUUCCAGCCAGGUCCCGUGGAGCUUUCUUUCAGAGAGUCGGUGAAACAACAGAAGUUCCCCAAGACAACCAAGACUCACAAACCCCAGAAGAACACGAAGAAGCACUUCCGCGACGACUAUCCCAUCCCACCAGUGGUUCCUAUCCCUCCCCCGAGAUACGAUGAGCCAUACCGUCCGUUGGAGAGCUCUCAGCCCCAGAAAUCGGCCCCCGUGCAGACGUCCUACACCGCGCCCCCUCCCACCCCCAAGCGAACCUAACAGACGACUUACGCGGCCCCGGUAGAGACUCAGAAGCCUCACCACCACGCUCCGAACUACACCCCACCCCCGUCAUCGCAGCCACAAUUCAUUUUCGGCUACCCACAGGAGCCUCAGUCUUACCAGCCCGCUUACCAACAAGUCCAGCCCCCCAGUCAACAAUACUCGCAACCGAUCUAUGGCCAAGCUCCGCCGCAAGCAUACCAGCAUCCUUACCAAUCUUACCAAGGACAUCAACAUAGCCACGGUGCUCCUCAACAAGAACAAGUUUACCACCAACAGCAGACAUCUCACCAACAGACCUAUCAGAGCGAGCCGCAGAGCCACCAUCAAGGACAAUAUCAGCCAAGCGAGUCUCAGCAGAAUCCACCGCAGACUUCCCAACAAGACCGAGCCCAGAACAGCUACAGACAACCCGAGCAACAACAGAGUUUCCAACAGCAACAGCACACAUACGAACAGCCGCAGGCUCUCCUGGUGCAAGUCCCGAGCAGCAUGAACCCUGGUCACACUCAGAUUGAACUUCCUGCGGAGGUGCUCAAGGCCCUCGGGGUCAGGAACGUCGUCCCCGGGGUCGCUGGCACCACCGAGCUCGGUCACAAUCAAGCUUCCGUCGUCAGCCAUCUCUCGAACGGACAAGGGGUAGUUGUACUGAACGAAGUGUCGAACCGACCCUACGUCCGACCUAAUCCUGAAAUGACGUAUCACCACCGAGGAUAUCACGGCCAACCGAUUCCCGUCGAUGUCUCGAAGACUCCCUACACCAAGGGUCUACCCCACGGAUUCCCGGCUCCGUCCAAGAUCCAGGUUGACGAGAAGACCCAGGUGUCCCUCUCCGGUGUCGUCCUCCCUCACCAUGGAUUGAAGACGUCGUACAAUGAGCUUCCACCCACGCAAGUGAACCUGAACGAGCCUUUGAACGUCCACAUCCCGAUCAGCCAGCUUCCUCCUCGGCCAGCUGUGAACGUUCGGAUCAAGGGACCAGACGGCAAAGUUUCAGAAGUUCUUGUUCCCCUCCACGAAAGCAACAUCAAGCGAUACCCUUCAGUUGAGAACUAUCCCAACUCGCCUGAGAAGCCGACGAAGUACCUUCCCCACUUCUACGGUGGUUCCUCGCCGGGGAAACACAUCCAACACAGCUUCGUUGAUACGCAAGAAAUGUUGGUCGGAGCAAAUUCGUCGCCGCCUGGCCGCAAACCUGGUUUCGGACAAAUUUUCGAGGGAGCAGCCUCGUCUAUGCACACUUCGUUGAUCGGCGGAUGGGGGACCAGCAUCCGUAACAUGGGGAGCCGUAUCGGAUCAAUAUUUUCAAGAAAAGCGUCGUCUAGUUAA